ACUGAAAGUAAACUUGUUUCUUAGGAAACGACCACACACCUCCGCUCCUCAUUUCUCUGCAAACAGCGACACGUUUCUGUGCUUUUAGAAAUGGCGUCCAGCAGCAGUCUGUUAUCUGAGGAGCAGUUUCUUUGUCCCAUCUGUCUGGAUGUGUUCACUCGCCCUGUUUCCACCCCAUGUGGACACAACUUCUGCAUGUCCUGCAUCACGAGCUACUGGGACAACGCCACGUUCUCCCAGUGUCCCGUCUGUAAGGAGCAGUUUCAAAGGAGACCCGAUCUCAAGGUGAACACUUUCAUUUCGGAGCUGGCGUUACAGUUGGUGUCGCUUCAAGUGACAGAUGCUCGCGUCUGGAGCGCUGAUCCGCAGCAGGUCAACUCCGGCAGCGUUGUGCUUUGUGAUAUUUGCACCGACGCCCAGAAAGAAGCCGUCAAAUCCUGUCUGGAGUGUCAGACUUCGUACUGCGACGUUCACCUCGAGCCUCAUCACCGAGCCGCCGGGCUGAAGAGACACACGCUGCUGGAGCCGUCGCCGAGUCUCGACGACAGGAUCUGCAAAGAACACAACAGGGUCCUGGUGCUGUUCUGCAGAGACGACAACGCUCUGCUGUGCGACGUCUGCUCCAGCUCACGACACAGGAGGCACAACGUGGUUCCUGUGCAGCGAGCGUACGAAAGGAUGAAGGACGAGGUGGAGAACACGGAGGCCAAAGUGCAGCAGAUGAUCCAGGAAAGGCUCCACAAGGUGCAAAGCAUGACGGAGUCAGUAAAGCAAAGCAAGACGGAAAGUGAGAAGGUGAUCGCAAACGGCAUGCAGGACUUCACAGUGCUGGUGUUUGAGAUCCAGAAGAGCCAGGCGGAGCUCAUCAGGGUGGUCGAGGAGAAGCAGAAAACAGCAGAGCAGCAAGCUGAUGGGUUCAUUAGCGAGAUGCAGCGCGAGGUCAAAGAGCUGCAGAGGACGACGGUGAAGCUGAGGGAGCUGAAACAGACCAGAGACCAGCUCCGGUUCCUCCAGAGCUGCUCCAACACAUCCCUCCUGCCCCACACCAUGGAUCUGUCCACUGUCAGCUCUAACAAGCACCUGGAGAUGCAGCAGUUUGGUAAAUCUUUGAGGAAAGCAGUGUCUCAGCUGCGAGUGUCACUGGAUAAAAUGAACACAGAAAUCAGCAGAUUCUCCAGCAGCGCUGACGCGUCCGACGCCGCCACGCUGAGAUACAUGCAGCAGUAUGAGGUGAACAUAGUGCUCGAUCCUGACUCAGCUCAUCCUAUGCUCUGUUUAUCUGAUGACGGGAAGCAGGUGAGAUACAACAUGGGCUCAGAAGUGUGGGCGGGUCAGUUCCUGAACCUGAACAUGUUCACCUCGCAUCUCGCAGUUCUGGGACGGAGAGGCUUCUCGUCCGGCAGGUUUUACUUUGAGGUCUGCACGAGUCAAAAGACUGAGUGGUGUCUGGGUGUGGCCACGGCGUCCAUCCAGAGGAGAGGAGCUCUAGUUCGGAGUUCCUGCUGUGGACUCUGGGCCAUCUGGUUCCUCAUAGAUAAGUUUGAAACCUUCACUUGUCCAGAUGUGCCCGUACACGUGGGCAAAGUGGGGAGAGUUGGAGUGUUUGUGGAUUAUAACAAAGGUGAAAUAUCGUUUUAUGACGUCAAAACCGAAACGCUCAUUUACUCCUUUACUGAGUGUUCAUUUACUGAGGAGCUCUAUCCAUACUUUAAUCCCUGCGAUAAUGAAUUUGGUUCUAACCUGGAGCCACUGACAAUUGUACCCGUUUGUCAUAUAGAGUGAACAGAGGAUUAAGACGCUCAAUCAUGUAGGUUAAAACUCUGAACGCAAAGUAGUUCAAGGGCAUUUUUUGCUCAUUUUUACUCACUGUAAGCUCAUUUUUUGCUGCACCAUAAAGCCCUGUACCUCUGACAACAAAACCAUAGGUAAAAGUAGAGAAAACUACAAAUAUAUUCAAUGCACUAUACCAAAGCUAUAUUACCAUACAUUUAAAGUUAAAGUUAUCUUUUUGUAUUUUUCAAUAAUUGAAAAAACUUUUUCUUUUUUUUUUUUACUGGGCACCUGCACUGGGGAAAUUUCUACUUAUAGGUGUUUCCCUAUUUACAUUUUAGUUAUGUUUCCACACUUCUAUUUUCUCUGCGUGAACACAGCCCACAGUUCAACCUAGUUUAGCCAAAAAGUCCCUGAAUUUUUGUUUGUUUGUUUCGUCAGUUUCAGCAGAGUCAUUGUGGAUUCACAGUUGCAACCAAGGAGUCUGGAAUUUCGUUUUGUUUUUUACAGAAUCUGUCAAUGCAAACAGUUUAUGUUUAGUGAAAUUUUAAAUGAGACAUGUAGAAUAAAGAUAUUUUGCUGAAUUUUAUCUUGAUUUUAAGGUUAGAUUUAGUUCAGUUUUCCUUUGGACCGUUCAAGGACUGUCAGAAAGUUUAAAAAGCCAACCAAUUUUUUACUGUUUUUGCAGUUUCUUGGUUGUUUGGUGAAUUUUUACAGAUAAGACACCUUUCAAACCAGCAGGUGGUUUAUCAGAUUCAGGUGGUUAAUUACAAAAAUUCUGCCUUUUUGAAGUGAUAUCUUCAAUUAAAGCUAUAAAAACUAGGUAAAGUAUUGAAGUGGAUGAACAGAAGAGUGCCUUGAAUGCAAACCGAGUCUUUCAAAUGGAUCCAAAGAGGAGAUUUACACAGAAUGAAAGCAGUUUGACUGCAAACGUUUGCCUCCAUCAUUACCUUGAUGAAUUAUUUACCUGUGAGAGAUUGUAAUUGAGUGAGUUAACAAAGCAGGGGAGCGUAAAUUAUUAAAUAAAUGAAAUGAAUCAGGUGGGGGAAGGAAGAGAUAAAAAAAGGAAAUAGAUAAGAGAAAUGAAAAAGAGCAGUGAUGAUAAGAAGGUGUUCCUGUUUGAUUAAAUGCUAGUAAGUCUAUCAAUGUUUAUUUUAACGAGGGGAAAUAUGCAAAUACAUCUGAGAAUAUGGACAAAGCUGCUGUCAUUUCUGGUUGAAAAGUGCCUUGCAGGUUUUGUGUUUACUCAUGAUUUAAAGAUUUUGUGUAUUGAUUAGUUGUUUUCAGCUUUACACGUGUUUUUUUGCCUUCUAUAAGCAGGAAACAAACUAUUAUUCAGAUGCAACAGAUAAAGUCUCAGUAGAUGGAAAUAAAAAGAGUGAUGACUGAGUUCAGUUUAGCUGCUUCAGUUUUUACAGAGAAGAGAACGGAGCCAUUAAUAUGAGCAUGUUUUUCCUUUUGUUCACUGUGAGGAGGGUCUAAGUUCUAUAAAACCACAUUUAUUUAAAGGCUAUUUCACUAAGCAUGCUCACUUAUAUAAAUAGUUAAAAUGGUUUUUUUUUAAUUGUUUGUUUUUUUGUGUACGGGUGGAUUAAAGUAGUGCACGGACUGAAUUAAAACAUAAAAUGUAAACCUGCAUCACAUUUUUUCAGAGAUGUAGAUCCUAAUUACUGAAUGAAUGUCAGUGUUGUUAUAUUAAAAAAAUGCUCUGUAUACACUACAUUUCAACAGAAUAGCUCUUAAGUUCAGCAAGAACGCAUGAAGUCAUUGACACAAGUCAUUUAUGUUCUAUUAUAAUGUCUUUAUCCUGUUUUCAAGAUUUUUUUUGUUUGAUUUUGAUUCUUGGUUGUUAAAAUAAAAGCUGUUAAAAUAUGAAAACAUU